AAUGAAGGUAAAAGAAAUAACAGACACUACUUAUAAUUAAAUUUUAAACGUAGAUAAGUAUUAAUAAUAACACUAAUAGUUCAUAUUUUAUUUUGAAUUAAUUUUAUUUUUGUUUUUUACCAGUAAUGCUCAGACAAACUAGCAAUAUAAAGUGACGUCAUCAGAUAUGACGUUCCUUGACAACGUUAUUCAUCGAGAAAUAAAAAUGUGUCUGGCAAAAGAACAGCGAGUGUCUAUAGUACUACACACAGCUUAUGUUAGAUCGACACAUUUCAAACCAUGUUGGAACAUUCUUAUUUAGACUAAGUGGCACAUUUAAAACAUGGCAGGUAGAUUUUGAAAGUGAAAGUAAACCAUGCUAAAGGGCGUUCGUAUGCACUGAAUGGCCGAACCAUACGUGAAACAGUUGUUUUAUUUUAUUUCAGAAGUAAAUCCGAUGAGAAUGUGAGAUUCGACCACGGCGUUCCUAAUAACGGAAGUCGUCCUUCAGCCUGUAUCAGUGAAGGAAUGUAUCGAGUUUGCCUGGGUGCUGUCACCUGGCGUCGUGGGUUCUCGUAUCACGUUAUUGAUGGACUGGUACCGCGUCGGCCAGCACACACCAUCAGUCCAGGUGAACACCAAUCCAGAUGAUUAAGGACCACCCGACCUGCCCAACAUGACUCGCUGCUUGCCGAACGCGUGGAUGACGCUGUGCGUUUUGUUUGUUCCCUUGUAUACGUCGUUGUCCACGUCGCUUCCACGGACACGUUAUGGCGUGGUUCUUGACGCCGGAAGUAGUGGGACGAAGGUGAAGGCCUACCGAUGGCAGACGACAGGUCGCCUUUCAGAUCUGCCGCGCAUGGAGCUGAUUCAAAGCAGCAACCUCAAGUUCCGGCCAGGAAUUGGCUACUUCGCGCGGCACCAGGACGAACUGUGGCCCUACAUGGCCAGCAUCAUCAGCCGUGUGAACGAGCUCAUUCCAGAGGACGCUAUUGCAGACACCCCGCUCUACCUGAUGGCAACUGCAGGAGCUCGUAUCCUUGACGCUCGGAUAGCGCUUGGUCUGUUGAAUCGAAUCAGGAUCUUCCUGGGCAAUUCCACGGUCAACCCGUUCUCGUUCACGCCCACGCACGUGCGUAUUCUGUCGGGGGAGGAGGAGGGCGUGUACGCGUGGCUGGCUGUCAACUCACUGCUGGGAUUCUUCCACACACAAAGAAUGCCGACCGAGUCCGUGGGCGUUCUCGAGAUGGGCGGGGGGUCGACACAGAUCGCGUUCGUCCCCCAGGGACCGCUGUACGCCGAAGAGUUCCAGAUCCACGUCGCUGCGCGGCGCUUUGACCUGUACGUGCACAGCUACCUCUUCUACGGCUCCAACUACAUGCAGCGCCGAGUCAAUGUCCUCACCAGCGGCCACGCCCACUCCGACCAGGGUACAACCCGUGUCAUGUGUCCAGGUGACUCGACAACGUUCAAAGACGAGCUUGGUGACACGUUUGAGUUUCGUGGGACAGGAAACCCUGACCUCUGUGCUGAACACAUACGUCACUUCCUGCGGAAAGCAAGCGACUCGAUGUGCCAGCCGAAACCAUGCGCAGUGGGCGCGGUCUAUCAGCCAAGCGUUGGCAACAUGACGUUCUACGCAACGCAAGGAUUUGUUUACACGCUCCAAAACGUAAAAGCUUUGGGAGAAGAUAGAAUUUUAAAUAUUACAAAGCUUCGAGCUAUUGGAGAUGAAUACUGCCAAAAGAGUCUAGAUAGUGUCAUAGAGCAGCUCAAGAUUAACCGGAAGUUCGCCUCUGAGGAGUGUUUCAUGUCGCUAUACAUCUCGCUGCUGUUGGCUCACGGCUACGGCAUCAGCGAUGACACCAACGUCGUCAAGGUUACCAACAAAAUAGACGACACGCGCAUAGACUGGACUCUUGGUGUGUUGCUGUACGAACAGUCGAUGGCCCUGCAGUCAGAGCGACUCAGUCUGGCCGCUCAGUGUGUGACGGUGAGGCCGAAACUGAUUCACGUCAACUCCACGGACGAGAGACCUGACGACGUGGGCUACACCCUCGACCCAGGGUCCGUGCGUCCGGUCGCCAGUCACAGCGGGGCUAGGCGGGUUCGCCUUGACGUCGUCAUGGUUACACUCAACAUUCUUAUUACUGGAAACACGUUGAGCAGACAGUAGUGAACAGUGAACAGUUAUUAUUAGAACAAUGAGUAGUCAGGAAGACCUGACUGUGUACAGUUUAUUCAGAAAUGCACUCAAAACAGUUCUUGGAAUGACGUGGAGUGAGACUGUUUGACACCGUAUCUGAUUAAUUGACUCAAUGUGCACAUCUCCCAAUCUGACCACAGCUAGGACUGGCUAGCUGUACGUGGUCGUCUUUGACUGGAGUAUUUCCUUGUUCUGUAUUCACAUCUACUGUUCAUGAUUAUAGAGAUUAUAAUAUUAACAUCGCCA